GGUUUCUACACCCUUACAAGGAAUGCUUCGUUCUCUCCAACCGAUGUGGGAUCUCACACGGGUGGAUAGAGAAUCGAUAUUCACUUGAAGGCAUGUAUGAAGAACGAGCAUUUGGAUCGAGUUACCGAAAAACAGAAAGCCGGGUUGUGACGACGAGUACACAAAACGAGAUAAAUCAGAUGAAAAGGGAGGUUGAGACAAUGAAAGGGCAGCAUAAUGACAUUCAAACCUUGCCAGCGUACGGGAAAUUAUCUGUUCAGAUUCAACGAUGACAUGUUUGGAAGCUUUUGUCUUGCUCCAGUGUCGAUUUGAACACAUGUGCAGCCUUUUCUACAAGACAUUCUUUGUUUUAUCGCAUGUUGUCGUGCAUACGGUCCUGUCAAGCCAAGACAGAAACAUUCUGGUUUUUGGAUCAUUGGACAAAUUCGAGUCCAGUUUUCCCUUUCUUACAAAAGAUCUAACGAUCUCGGAGUCUCGAGGCUUGGAUGAUCCAACAUGUGGGAGGAUCGAUAUGAAGGAUAAAGAAGAGCUUAUUAGUAGGAUUUAUGGAGGUGGUAACUAUUGGCCAUAUCGGAUGAAGUUGUCGACGGAUCGGUUACGUUGGGAUAGUCUCAAGAUUUCGGAGGACACGGAAUUCGAGGAAAUGAUGUUGAGGAAUAUGAAUGAAGGAAGCUAUAGAGAUUUGAAUGAGAUGAUCCCUAUUGAAAUAUCAAUCUUUGAUGUUGAUAUUUGUGAAACUUAUAAGGUAAAGUUGGUGAAAAAAGAGGCAUUUUGGUUUGAACCAUUGCCUUUGGUUGGUGAGAAGUCAAAGAAAUAUCAAUCUUCAUUUGUUUAUUCGAUUGAGCCGUUUCGACACAUCGUAAAGAAACGGGGUCUUGAUUAUGGACAAGAGAUCGGUUUGCGUUGGUCAGGUAGCAAAACGAUUGAUCGGUUCGAUUUUUCGGUUUUAUCUUCUUCGAGGUUGAGCUUAUACACCUUGAUCUGAAUUUUGGUGGUAGGAGCUUUCAUGUUGCUUAGAUUUUGUCUCUUGGAUGUCUUAGGAUUUAAGAUUUUUGUGGAGUGAUUCCGUAAAAACAAGAUUGUCACGGUAUGUAUGACUAUUAUGCACAAAUUUUUUUAUUUAAAAUAGUUCGUAAAUAAUGUCGUGGACUUAAACAUU